CUGUCGCCACUUUCAACACUAAAUCAGAGCUUCGAAGUAAGAAAAUUCGAUGGAAAGAAAUUUAUACACAAUUCCCGCCAGGAAUUUGAGUUCUAAAUCCAAGCUUCACCGACUAUCAUAUAUCUCUGUCAACUAAGCGCUCAAAUUUUGUAUUCUCAGGGCAGGGAAUGACAUCAGAUUCGAUGUCUAGUUUCAACAGUUUGUUUUCGUUUACGAGUCCUGCUGUGAAGCGCCUGCUGGGAUGGAAGCAGGGUGACGAAGAGGAAAAAUGGGCAGAGAAAGCGGUGGACUCAUUGGUAAAGAAACUAAAGAAAAAGAAAGGUGCCUUGGAGGACUUAGAAAAAGCGCUCAGUUGUCCCGGACAGACGUCCAAGUGUGUAACAAUUCCAAGGUCCCUUGAUGGACGUCUCCAAGUUUCUCAUAGAAAAGGACUUCCUCAUGUCAUUUACUGUAGAGUCUGGCGUUGGCCGGACUUGCAGAGUCACCAUGAACUCAAACCACUUGACGUUUGUGAAUAUCCGUUCAGUGCAAAACAGAAAGAUGUGUGCAUCAAUCCGUAUCACUACAAACGAGUGGAAAGUCCAGUGUUACCCCCAGUGCUAGUCCCACGGUACAGUGAAUACCCGGCAGGUAGUCAUGGUCUUGCCCCGUUCCAACAGGUGACGGAGCCCUCUAUGCCAUACAACGUCAGCUUCCCUUCUGGUUUCCCUCAGUGUUGUCCGUCACCGGCCAGCUCAGGACCAGGAUCCCCUUAUGGUGUGCCAGCGGACACGCCACCUCCUGCUUACCAAGCACAAGAUGAGAACGUGGCACAGAACUCCAACAACCACAACUGCUCCAGUGACACGCCCAUGGAGACAACCUCCCAUAGUCAGGGUGGCCCAGGUGGUCACCACCACUCAGCAAAUAACCCUAGCCCAACCCGCUCUGGGGUUAUUAGUGUGGGAUCAGGUGGGACCAAAAGUUUAUUUAUACCAGGUAAUCUCCAGCCGGUUACGUACCAAGAACCACAGUUCUGGUGUCUAAUACUCUACUACGAAUUGAACAACCGAGUUGGCGAGGCAUUCCAUGCAUCGCAUACGAGUAUUGUCGUGGAUGGUUUCACUGAUCCAUCCAAUAAUGCUGAUCGAUUCUGCCUGGGAUUGGUGUCAAACGUCAACCGAAACUCCACCAUAGAAAACACACGAAGACACAUUGGCAAAGGUGUUCACUUAUACUAUGUCGGAGGAGAGGUUUAUGCUGAGUGUCUUAGUGACAGUAGCAUAUUUGUUCAGAGUCGAAACUGCAACUAUCAUCACAACUUCCACCCGACGACAGUCUGCAAGAUUCCGCCGGGUUGCAGUCUUAAGAUCUUCAACAAUCAAGAGUUUGCCCAGCUAUUGAGUCAGUCAGUGAAUCACGGAUUCGAGGCAGUGUAUGAACUUACUAAGAUGUGCACGAUAAGGAUGAGCUUCGUGAAGGGAUGGGGUGCUGAGUACCAUCGUCAAGACGUCACGAGCACACCAUGUUGGAUUGAGAUUCACCUUAACGGCCCACUGCAGUGGUUAGAUAAAGUCUUGACGCAGAUGGGAUCCCCGCAUAACCCAAUCUCGUCCGUGUCAUGAUGCAGUCUCGCCAUUGUUGAAAUGACAUUGAUCUUAGACUUCCCAAAUCAUACUCAUCAGAAGUAUUCUUCGCAAACAUAACAUCACUAGUGGUGUAUCACAUCGCUGGAGUCAAACUCAAAUGUCACGUCACCAAGAUAUGUGUGGUUCUGAAACAGUGGGGUGAAAUUGGAGAAAUAGUUGACAAGCCAGUUUUUGGCUCUAAAAUGAUGUUUGAAACACAACAUUGUAUAAAAGGAGGGUUAGGAUAUUGGUUCUCUUAAACCUGCUCUUGGUGAACCUGGCUACUGAUCCAUGAUUAAAUUGGCCUGGACACAGGUGCUUUAUCUUAGAAUCAGUGAAAAAAAGACUAAUAGGGUACUAGUUAGUUUGUUGGACAGAGUAUACACAUCGUUGAAAUGAUGGACUAGCUUGUUGGAGUCUUGAUUCGAGGAGAUCUUCAUGAAUAUUUGAACAAGUCCCAAGUGGGUCCGUGUCACUUGUACGCAUUUGUAAAGUUGAUAUAUUGGCACUUGGUAAAAGAAUCUGUGCUCUGGAAGGGUUCAUCAUGUGUUGUCAUUGUUCAUUUGAUCCCUGUAAUCACUGUAUUUUAUGAUUGGCAGAUUUUGCCAGUCCUUACAUUGUUGUUGAAUUCUUUUGUAAGAUUUCUACUGGAAUUUGUUAAAUGUAGCAAAGGGGUCAUGUUUCACUAUCUUCGGGAAACUCGAGAGGACUAUGUCUUACAUCCUAUCGACAUCACUAUUUCAACGGCACGUGAGAUACAACAUUUAAUGUUUGUCAGAAGUUCAUCAUGAUUGAAAAAUACUGCUGAAGUAAGCUUCCAAAUGAUUGCUUACAAAUGUCACUAUUUAGUGUCACGAUCUGUCUCUUUACACUUCCAAUUUCACUGACACAUCCACCAGUGCUAGCUAUCGUGGUCAUGACCCCCUUGAGCUGCUUCAAACUUCUCGGGCAGCAUUUUGAGGUGCAUGUCAUUCUACCAAAUGUACAUCAACUUGGCUUCCAUAUUAAAUGUGCAAAUUAUGACAUUUUGAUUGUUUUCCGAUUUUCUCUGGAUACAAAGUCAGUAUUAUUUGCCUGGAGGCUGCUCUUUGAAGCUUUCUAUUGAAAUUUGCAGUAAAUUUGUCAGAAACAUUUGUUAAUUCUCCAUGUAAUUGUAAAAUAGUUGCUUCAUUUGACAGGAUUUUUGCGCAUCCAGGCCUGAUAUUAGUGUCAACAUCCUGGCACUUUAGUUCCUAAAGCAGGUUUACAUAUACCUGGUCACCCGGAGGCACCAGGUGGCAUACCCGUUAUAUGUAGCGUUAUCUUCACUUUUUACGUACCCCGUGGUGGAGCUUGUUUAAGGGGCAACAAUAGGAUGCUGUAGAUUCUGAUGGUCUGUCUCCUGCUGAACUAUUUCAGGAUGCAGGGACGUAUUGUUCCAACUAUGUGGCACAUGCUGUACUGAAUAUGUAAUUAACUGCUGAUUAAUUUCAAUAAGGAGAAAAAAUCUACUUAAAAAUUUAUGUGAUCAGAUGCAAAGAAAUAUUUAUCAGAAUUUAAGUGCCCGAGGAUCGAUGCUAAAUAGAGCAGAAAAGAGAUCACAAACUGAUCAUGUAAGGAGUUGUGAAUCGUGUGUUUCAAAUGCCUUGUAUCCUGUGCCUUUUAGGCUAAAUUUGGGAACCAUGCUAUUUCCAAUAAAAGGACCUGUUUUGUAAUGAUUAGCAUGUGGUGGGUCUAUAUGCAGCAGAGUUGUCAAAACUGUGGCAAUGCAUCGAUCAGAAUGUUAACUUAACUUAGGAGAAGUUAUGGGGGUAUUAAAACAUUUUGAAGUAUUUGAAAUUUUAGCUGUUACAAAUUCUAUUGGGUAUCGUAACAAUUUCCAGAGUCUUUUGCUAUACACUUCAUUAUAUCUCGUUAUUAAAUAUUAUACAUGGCCAUGUGCUUGGUUUUUUUGAGCGAAUUCAAGGUGGUUCUAUGUUAAUUCUGGCUAAAUCACAGUUGUUUGGCAUGUGAACUUUUUUUAGAAACUACUUGUACAGAUUUGCCACCUUAUAGGCUUUCUAUUAGAUAUAAAUCCAUGUUGGUUUUAUGUGGUAGAAUCGGGACGUGCUCUGCGAGACUUUGAGGCUAGAGGAGGUAAGAUCUGUCAUUUUAAGGCGGCAAGCAAGACUUUUUGUUAGCAAGCUUGUUUCCUCAAUUGUAGAGUGGAAAACACCGUAGUUGCAUGCUACCAUGUAGAAUGAGUUAGUUUUAAAUCUUAUGCAUCUCUCAAAGCCAUGUCUUGAUUUCUGUUUAUAUGAGAGAUUUUUGUAUCAUCUAGGUCAGGGGUCGUUUGAUGCGGCAAUAUUGGGCUGAACAAAAUGGUCUGUUGUUUUAAUAGCCCACUGAUAGCAAUUAUCUACGGUAUCUUAAGAGAUGUGUUAGUCAGUGGGCCGAAAGCAUUCCUUCCCCUGGUCACUGCCACAUUGUGUUGUACUCUGGUGAAACUUUCUCUUGGAUAGACUCAGUUGUGACUGAUAUAUCAAGAUAGUCAACAACCAGAUCUCGAUAUAUCAGUCGUAACUGCGAGUCUGUCCUAAUUGGGAUAUCUUUGAAUCUUUCAUGCUUCAGCAGGGCCCUUUCUUACUUAAGUGAUCACCAAAUAACGGAUCAUUGAAAAAGUUAUACUGGUACCAGCUUUAGACUGUCGAUGCAGCCAACAACGUCACCAGUGACACUCCACAGGAAUUUCUCAAUACAUGAGUGUUGUUUCACGCAGCGAUUAUACAGAAUGAUAAACUACAACAUCACCAUUGUCUUGAUACAUUCCUGUGAAUUGUCCUUAGUCCAUAUAGAGUUCACCCUUAGUAAGGCGUUGGGUAGUAUCAAUAAUAAAUAAAGACUAGUCUUUAUUUAUUCUUGGUAGUAUAGAUAUGAACUAGACCUCUGUAGCUAUAUGAAUGUGUUAUUUUUUACAGCAGUCUGUGUUCUUUGAUAAUAAACUUAUAAAGUUAAUAUGUACUGUAA